GUCACUUAAAUAUGAACAAUGUUAAUGUUUAAACAAUUAUUUGCACGUUAUUGACAUUUUUCUACUAUUUAGGUGGGCGAAUUUUAUUUUGAAAAUGUUCGAAAUUCCGUGACCCGGAACUAUUUUUUAAGAGUUGCUGACGAGACGCUGAGAGGAGUUGCAACCUUUCAAGUAUCUAGAAGAAAAUAUUCAAUCUAUCUUGCUGUGUCUAUGUGUAUGUAUACAUCUUUAUACAAAUCAGUAUUUGGAACCUUCUAUGCUACUAUCAUUUCUUGCUGGGUUGUUAGCGAAAUAAUAAUUGCAAUCCGAUACAGUAGCUAGCUAUCUGAUUAGCCAGUACAGCGUAUGCGAUAUAAUUAUCGUUAGCUUGCUACUGUUGCUUGACCAGCAGACACGGUGUGCAUGCAUAUACGGAUGUAAACUCAAGAUGAUGAGCUUUGUCCUCCUGAGGAGCUGAAGCACUGGAGCUUGCCUGGCCCUGAACAUGAAUUCUCCAGAGGACAGUUCUUCCUCUUCCACACAGAAGAUCUCGGUUUGGGCCGACCAGCAGACAGCCACUGCACAGCCGGGAGUUAGCCCUCCAUCUCCCACACACUGCUUUGGCGAUGGGGAAGGAACCAGCUCUGCUAUCCCAGCUGAAACACCCAUUUCAACCAACCCUUCUUGCCCAUCUCAAACACUUGUUUCACCCCCAAAAAAGAGGACAGCAGAGAAAGGACCCUUUGAUGCAUCACAGCCACAGGGUGAACGUCGCAAGAGGGGGAGGCCACGCAAACACAAGAAACCCCAGACUGACACAGAACACCAUAUCCACCAGUCCCCGACAGCUACACAUCCAUGUUUACAGCCAGAGGACCAAACAGAGGCUGUGACACUGACACCCAGCUCACCUGUGAUACCUGAGGACAGGUGUCAGUCACCUGAGGCCACCUUUGAACCACCAUGCCCUGCCUUGGACUUACAGAGUGCCAACAAGGGACAGAGUAAGAAUGGGCCCCAUCUCUCCAGUGCUUCUGUUGGACAAGGAGACCUAACAGGCGCUAAUGUUCUAACCACUGGUAGUAUCACUGCCACUGAGAUAUUUAUACGCACAUGUGCCAAAGAGCAAAGGACUCUGUGCCAGUCACCACAGAAUCUGAAAGAUGGGAGAAAGGCAGCUAACAAAUUCCAAAUUCAUAAGGUCGAUCAGCCACAAGAGACCGUGACAAAUGGGGAGAAUACAUCGAAACCCUUACUGACUAUUAAGGUAGGACAGGAGAAUUGCCUGACACAAAAGACUGUGCAAAAAAGGAAAUAUACCAAAAAAUCACAGAGCCAUAAGGUAGGCCAGCCAAGGGACACUGACCAGUCACAGGAGAGUGAGACAGUGAGAAAUGGGGAAAAUACAUCUAUAAAAUCACCAACCCAUAAGAUCGACUGGUCACAGGUGACGGUGAGAAAGAGGACAUAUACAAAAAAACCUCAGACCCCUAAGGUUGACCAGUCACAGGAGGAGUCUGUAACAAGAAAGAAAAAGGGCUCUAAAAUAUCUCCAACCCAUAAGGGAGAGCAGUCACAAGAGAUGGUAACAAAGAGGAAAUCUACAAAAAGAACACAGAGCCAUAAGGGAGGCAAGCCACAGGAGACUGUGAGAAAUGGGAGAAAGACGACUAUGAAAUCACCAACCCACCAGGUAAACCAGUCACAAGAGUUGGUAACAAAAAGGAAAAAGGUGUCUAAAGUAUCUUCAACCCACAAGGUAGACCACCCACAAGAAACUGUGAAAAAGAGGAAGUAUACAAAAAAAUCACAGACCCGGGAGAUUGACCAAUCACAAUCCCCAGAGACUGGAAAAAAUACAUCUAUGAAAUGGCUGACGAAUAAGGUGGCAUCGAAAAAAUCACAAAGCCAUACCGUAGAACAGUCACUGGGGAUUGACCAAUCACAAGAGACCGUGAGAAAGAGGAACUACACAAAAAAAUCUCGGAAGCAUAAGGAGGACUCACAUGAGACUGUGAGAAAUGGGGAAAAGACAUCCAAAAAAUCGCAGAAGCGUAAGGUAGAGUUACGAGACACGGAACAGUCACAGGAGGAGACUGUAAAAAAUAGGAAAUAUACUAAGAAAUCAAAGACCCACAAGGUAGCCUCAGGAGUCCUCUCCUUACUCCCUGUGUUAUCUGCAGACCUCAACCUUUCCUCUCCCACAUUCAGCUCUACUGGGCUUCCAAAGAGAAAAUAUACAAGAAAAUCACAGAGCCUCAAGGUAGACUCCGAUGUCCCAUCCUCACUCAUUGUACUGUCUGCAGACCUCUCCUCCAGCCUGCAGAGUAGCCUCUCUCCUACUCGCAGCCCUUCUGGCAUCCCCUUCUCACCAAACACGCCUAAGAGAGUCCGAGGCAGACCUCAGCGGGUCCAGCAGCAGCUCUUUCUUAGCUCCACGCCAGGCCCUCACCCCAGAUCCUCCACAGGAACAGACACCCCCUUCUCUGCCUCCCUGUCUCACUUGGGACUGGGCCCACAGAACGCCUCACCUAUCACCCCCUGGAAGGCUGCAGCAGAGGGAGGGUCCCAGACCUUCAGCUCUGAGGAAGGCCCCCCAGCCAAACUCAGACGUAGAAGCAGGAAGGGCCAGACAGCAGAGGGAGCUGGCCUGCAGAGCGGUUACACUACCAGCACUGAGCCACGCUCCAGACCAAGGUUUGAGCUGCAGGAGUCAGACUCACCAGACACAGACACAGGAGAUGCCUCCCUGUCCUCAGACCUCUCCAUCGAGUUAAGCGUACAGGAAGACCGUGUAACAUCACUGACUCUUGAAGAGGAGGAAGAGCAAGACGAUGAGGAAGAUCUGCCCAGUUUCUUAAAUAACACAAAGCCACUGUCCAUAACGGAAGGAAUAUGUGUUUGGUGCAAAUUUAGAAACUAUCCUUUCUGGCCGGCAAUGGUGAAGAGUGUGAACCGUAAGCUGAAGAAGGCCAGCAUUGUGUUUAUUGACGACCUGCUGUUUGACAAAAAGAGGAUACGAAAAGGCUUUUCUGUGUCCCUAAAAACAUUGAAGCCUUUCGACUGUGAAGAGGCUGAUCAGCUAGUGGUAAGGUGUAAAGCCAGAGAGAAGUAUGACGCUGCCAUCAAAUGGUGUCUGGCGUUGAUAGCCGACUAUAGAAUCCGUAUCGGAUGCGGCUUCACCGGCUCCUUCAUCGAAUACUUUUCUGAUGACAUAAGCUGCCCAGUGAGAAGGUGCUACCCCCGGGGCACAUCAGACCUCACCUUCCCCAGUAAGCUAAUUCUGGAGGAGCAGUACGUAACCUCUGACCCGGAAGGGGACGAUCAGGAGGGCAGCAAACGGCAGGAGGAGGAGAGGAGGAGGAAGCUGCUGCCUGACCGUUCCAAGGCUGCACGUAACCGUGCCAACGAGAAACUGGUGGACUUUGUCGUCAGGCAGCGCCGGGUGGAGACACGCCUUCUAGGUGUAAUCAGUGGUCAGCAGCAGUCUAAGUGGCUGCGUUGGUUCCUGGCAGCCAGUCGGUCAGUUGUGGACACGUACCUGGAGGACGAGGAGCAGCUGGACCAGGUGUACCAGUACCUGAGAGGGGUGUACGAGACCGCCCCCCUCACCGCACCCUGUCUGGCCGAUGUAGACCUCAUCCGCUUGGUACUGGACGUGCUGUUACCAGAGGCUAUUAUCUAUGCCAUAGCUGGAGUGGACGAGUUGUCACUGGUGAAGGCAGAAGACAAAUACCUGAAAGGGCCCUGUCUGAGUAAAAGGGAAAGAGAGGAGUUUGAUGCGAUGAUCGAGCAGCAGAUGAAGACGAAAGCAUCGAUCCGUCAGCAUCCUGCACACUGAACAUAACACAGUCUACUUGGCUUCCAACCCUCAGACUAAACAGGUCAUAGGGUUCUGGUCAAAAGUAGUUUGAAUAGUGCCAUUUGGGAUGCAGCCUCAGAAUGCCAGUGUCCUAAUCAAAUGAUGCUUCUAAGCAUUAUAGGACAGGAAAUAAGUAAGUAGCCUUGUCCAAGCAAGGACAGCCAGUAAGGCCUUUUUCUGUACCAUGAAGCAGCUUGAUAUACAAGUAACCCUCUGGCCAGGACACUGGUCUCUCGCAGACAAUAAGAACCAUAUAUAACGGUCUCUAAAUGUGGCUCUGAGGACAAUCAACUGCUGUUGUACAUCCUAGCAGUGGUGUGACUCAACAAAACUACGUUGAAUUAUCAAGUCAUUGUCAAAUCAACUGAAAUCUGUGAUCGACUGGUCAAGAUUUACAGCUUCAACACAGAACUCCUGGGAGGGUGGGACCUCGUAUCAUUCAGAAAGACUUACGCCGCUGGUUGAAACUGGGACUUCAUUUUAGACUCACUGCAACUGUAUUUGAUCCAACAUGGUCGCCCGUUUAGACUGUUCAACUGUAAAUUCAGGACAUUAAAGACACUACUCUAUUUUUC